ACUGUGAUCAUUUCUAGAGAUAGAGAGAGAAACCCAGGUAUCAUGUACAUAUAUAUAGAUAUAGAUAUAGAAGCACACACACUUAUCAGCAACACACAUCCAAAAUAAGGUGUGACGACAACAUCAACAACCUUAAUAAACUGAUCCACACCUGUCUCUGCAAAUCUACAGUGUUGCCAUAAUUUGGAAUUACACACACACACACACACAAAAGAUUAUAUGAGGCUUGGUGCUGCAAGAAUUGUAAAUCCCUGCAAUCUGCAGAACUUAUUGCCGGCGGCGAAACCCUCCGCAGCAGCCGUCCGAUGCGUCAAUUCCGGCGGCCGCCGCCGGAAUUUCAAAAUAACAAAUUCUUGGAACCCUAAGGGCAGUAUCGGGAAUUCGGGCGCCCUGGUGUGGAAGGCCCGGGAGCUCCGUGAGAAAUGGAUGGAGUUCCAGGGGAUCAAGAACUGGGACGGCCUUUUAGACCCGUUGGAUGACGACCUACGCCGGGAGAUCCUACGGUACGGAGAAUUCGUAGAGGCGGCGUACAAGUGCUUCGAUUUUGACACUUCAUCGCCGGGAUAUGCCACGUGCCGGUUCCCGGAGGAGACGAUGAUGGAAGAUUGUGGGCUGGGGAGGUCCGGGUACAAAGUGACUAAGCACCUGCACGCCACGUGCGGCGUGCCGCCGCUGCCGGCGUGGAUGGGCGGCCGGGCGCCGGCGUGGGUGGCGGCGCAGUCGAGCUGGAUUGGUUACGUGGCAGUGUGCGAGGACAGGGAUGAGAUCCAACGGCUGGGAAGGAGGGACGUGGUGAUCGCGUACCGUGGGACUGCCACGUGUAUGGAGUGGAUGGAGAAUCUUCGGGCGACGCUGACGUGUCUCCCGGAAGGCGGCGCCGCCGACAAGUCGAUGGUGCAGAGCGGUUUUUUGAGCCUGUAUACAUCGAGCGGCGGCGCCGCAAGGCAGAGCCUGAGGGACGCCGUCAGGGAGGAGAUCGCAGCGGUGCUGGAGAAGUACGCCGACGAGCCGUUAAGUAUAACGGUGACGGGGCACAGCCUGGGGGCGGCAUUGGCGACGCUGACGGCGCACGACAUAACGGCGUCGUUUCCGCACGCGCCGCUGGUGACGGUGGUGUCAUUCGGCGGGCCGAGGGUGGGGAAUAAAAAUUUCCGGCGGCAAUUGGAGGAGAGCGGCACGAAGGUCCUCCGAAUCGUGAAUUCCGACGACCCAAUCACGAAGGUCCCCGGAUUCGUCCUGAACGACGGCGGCGGCGGCGCCGCCGCCGGGGAAAUGAGAGUGGCGGCGGGGCUGGCGAGGUGGGUGGAGAGGAUGGUGGAGGAGACUCAGUGGGCGUACGCGGAGAUCGGGGAGGAGCUGCGGCUGAGCAGCCGCGACUGCCCCCAUCUGAGCGGCGGAGGAGUGGCCACGUGUCACGAUCUGAAGACGUAUUUGCAAUUGGUGGAUAGUUUCGUGAGCUCCAAUUGCCCGUUGAGGGCGACGGCGGAGAGGGUUCUCGCCGGAGCUCCGCCGCCGGAGAAUCAGCAGCAGCAGCAGCAGGUUUUGUGUGGAUAAUCAAAUUUAGGUAUUUUUUGAAGGGUGGGGUUCUGAUUUUUGAACACAGAGCUCUCCCUCUCUCCUGCACCUCCAUUGAAGAAGCUUAAUUUGGCUUCAAGGUUCAAUUUUGGCCUCAUUCGAAUUUUGAAGAAGAGGCUAUUCGAGCUAAUUCAUUCAUUAAAAGAUUCAUUCUUUCUGUUUCUACAUGUAAAGAUAGAUAGAUACAUUAUUGAUUUUAGUUAUUAGGAUAGGACAGCAUUCUUUGGUUUGGUAGAGAAGAUUACCAUCUGAAAGUAGUGCCUGCAGUUGUAGUGAUCGAGAGUGGUGAUGUAAUAAUAAUAUUAAUUCAUCAUUACCAAAAAUAAUUCAUUAUUUUUCAAUACAACGA